AUGUCAAUCACUGAAAGAAAGCCUUGGACAGAAGAGGUAGAUUUUAUGUAGGAAGACAAUGCGCUUCAAGAGAUUGUCUUAGAAAUAGGCACCGCUAGAUGGUCAGACGUAUCAAAUAUUCUCCGAGACAAGUACGGAUUUCCUAAUAAAUCGGGAAAACAAUGCCGUGAGAGAUGAAACAAUCAUAUCGAUCCAGCCAUAAAAAGACUCCCAUGGACAGCUCAAGAAGACAAAACUCUCUUUGAGUACCAAAGAAAAUACGGAAAUUGCUGAACAGAGAUAGCAAAAACCCUUCCAGGUAGAACUGAAAACUCAAUUAAAAAUCGUUUUUACAGCGCAGUUCGCAAAGGAUUAAGGAAAUACAACAAAUACAGGCCAGAAAAUCUCAGAAUUACUGCGUCUGUAAAGAAAAUUAUCAAGGAAAAGCCAGUUGUAGAGUUUUUAAUCAAAAAAUGUUUCAUGAAUCAGCCGUUCAGUGAAGAAGGCGAAACAUUUAUGAGCUUACCAGGGGCUCAAAAUCAGCCUUGUGGCCAAAGUUUUCAAACCCCUGUAGGUGCAGUGAUGCAUGGUGCGCCAAAUUGGAAUAAUAACUUGAGUUCGGUUGCUCAGGAUGACAUUCAAAAAUUUCAAAACGCGCAGAACCACUUUGAGGUUCCGUCUUUUGCUUGUGUCAAUAGCGUCAACAAUCAGCAGCUCUAUGAGCGAGCUUGCUGAGCAAACUACGUCUGUAUGCAGUCUCUUAGCCAAAUCAUGAAAAACAACGUUCAGUUGUAUAUAUAA